AUGCCUACCAUCGAGACCCAACCCGCCGCGGCGUCGACCGUCGAGGAGCUGCCUCGGGAUGGCACAGGUGUUACCGUCAUCGACCCGUGGCUGUCGCCGUUCAAGGAUGCCCUGAAGAGACGGUUCGCCAAAUCGAAAGAAUGGAUUGAGAAGAUCAACACCACAGAAGGUGGCCUUGACAAGUUCUCAAAGGGCGCCGAGAUUUUUGGUCUGAACGUCGACAAGGACAACAACAUCACCUACCGCGAAUGGGCACCGAAUGCCACCCAAGCCUCUCUUAUUGGCGACUUCAAUGGUUGGAACCAUGACUCUCACCCCAUGACCAAGAAUGAUUUUGGCGUCUUCGAAUUGAAGCUGCCGUCCAAGAAUGGCGAGCCACAAAUCCCUCACAACUCAAAGAUCAAGAUUUCUCUCCUCCUACCAAGCGGAGAGCGCGUCGAUCGCCUACCGGCGUGGAUCAAAUAUGUCACCCAGGACCUCUCCGUGUCACCUGCAUACGACGCCCGCUUCUGGAACCCGCCCACCUCGGAGCGGUACGUCCCAAAGAACCCUCGACCGAAGAAACCCCUUAGCGCACGGGUCUACGAAGCACAUAUCGGCAUCUCCUCCCCAGACCAGAGAGUCGCAACCUACAAAGAGUUCACAAAAAACAUGCUACCCCGGAUCAAAUUCUUGGGGUACAACGUGAUCCAGUUGAUGGCUGUCAUGGAGCACGCAUACUACGCGAGCUUUGGAUACCAGAUCAAUAACUUCUUUGCGGCCAGCAGCCGCUAUGGGCCCCCGGAAGACCUCAGGGAGCUCAUCGACGUCGCCCACGGGAUGGGCAUUGUUGUUCUCCUGGACGUUGUCCACAGCCACGCUUCCAAGAAUGUUCUUGACGGCAUCAAUGAGUUUGACGGCACUGAUCACCAAUACUUCCAUGAGGGUGCCAAGGGUCGCCACGACCUGUGGGACAGCAGGCUGUUCAACUACGGUCACCACGAGGUGCUGAGGUUUUUGCUCAGCAACUUGCGGUUUUGGAUGGACGAGUAUGGCUUCGAUGGUUUCCGCUUUGACGGCGUUACCAGCAUGCUCUACCUCCAUCACGGUAUCGGAACGGGCUUUUCCGGUGGCUACCACGAGUACUUCGGUGCCGAUGUCGACGAGGAGGCUGUGGCCUAUCUUAUGAUCGCAAACGACAUGCUCCAUCAGCUGUACCCCGAGUGCAUCACGAUCGCUGAGGACGUGUCAGGCAUGCCGGCCCUGUGUCUCCCUAUGGCCCUUGGUGGUGUCGGUUUCGAUUACCGCCUGGCGAUGGCGAUUCCCGACAUGUGGAUCAAGAUUCUCAAGGAAAAAAAGGAUGAGGACUGGGAUGUGGCCAACAUCUGCUGGACACUGACCAACAGACGCCAUGGUGAGAAAACCAUUGCGUACUGCGAGAGCCACGAUCAGGCUUUGGUGGGCGACAAGACACUCAUGAUGCACCUUUGUGACGCCGAAAUGUACACCAACAUGUCUAUUCUAUCACCAUUGACACCCGUCAUCGACAGGGGCAUGGCUUUGCACAAAAUGAUCCGGCUUCUGACCCAUGGUCUUGGAGGCGAGGGCUACCUCAACUUCGAGGGCAACGAGUUUGGACAUCCUGAGUGGCUUGACUUUCCUCGUGAGGGCAACAACAACUCGUUUUGGUAUGCCAGACGGCAGUUGAACCUGACCGAAGACCACUUGUUGAGGUAUCAGUUCCUCAACAAUUUUGACAGCGCUAUGAACCAGCUCGAAGCCAAGUAUGGCUGGCUGCACGCAUCUCAAGCCUACAUCUCUCUCAAGAACGAGUCCGAUAAGGUUAUUGUGUUUGAGAGAGCCGGUCUGCUAUUCAUUUUCAACUUCCAUCCGUCGUCGUCGUUUAGUGAUUAUCGCGUGGGUGUCGAACAAGCUGGUACAUACAAGAUUGUGCUGAGCUCUGACGACGAGCAGUUCGGCGGCCACAAGCGGAUCAAUCAUGAAACAAGAUUUUUCACAACGCCGUAA